AACUAAACUAAACUUAAUGGCCAAAAAGACCAAGGAAGAGAAACAGAAGGAGAAGGAAGAGAAGGCUAGGAAGAAGGAAGAGAGAGAAAAGAAAAAAGAAGAAAAGGCUAAGAAAAAGGCAGAAAAACCGAAAAAGAAGGGCAAGAAGAAAGGAAUGAGCGUUGAAGAAAAGUCUAAGAUCAUUUUAAACAUCUACUAUGAGAAGAGAGAGCCUUUGAACUUAAAAGAAAUAGAGAAGUUUGCAUCCAAGAGAGGAGUUGUUUACCAGUCUAUUAAAGAUGUAAAUCAACAGCUGGUUUAUGAUAACUACAUCUGUAGUGACAGGAUAGGAUCCUCUACUUAUUUCUGGGCCUUUCCUUCAGAAGGAUUUAAUGUGAGAAGGAAACUUAUUGAAGAAUUUGAUGAAAAGAAAAAUACUGCUAAGCAAGAAAUCCAGAAAGCUGAGCAAUCUUUACAAGCAGAAACAGAGGCUAGAGUCGAUACCUACAAUGAUAGAGAGGAGAAGAUGAAUCUAGUAGCAAAUUUGAAGGAAGAAAUCAGUGAGAAGAUGCAAAAAUUAACUCUGUAUGACCGAUGUGAUGAUGCUAAAAUUCAACAGCUUAAGAAUUCAAUUUAUGUAUCUCGUGAAGCAUGAAAUAGAUGGUGUGACAAUCUUUAUAUUCUAAAAGAAUGGAUGUUAGCAUCCAGAAGGGAUGUUAGUCUUAAAGAACUAUCAGUUCAUUUCCCAGGUUUAAAAAGUAUGAGUUUUCUAACAUAA